CAUCAAACGAUCAGACUCACUACGGCCCGAUCAUGGCGGGUGGUGACGCACAAAAGCAGACGAUUGCAGUCCCCUCGAAGGACCCCGCCAAAAAGGACAAGAAGGACGAGGACAAAGAGGCAAAGGUCAAUGGAGAUGCCAAGGGAAAGGGUAGCGCUGACGGGGCAGAUGGCAAGAAGGACAAGAAGGAGGAUGAGCUGUCGGAGGAGGACCUUCAGCUCAAGAAUGAGCUCGAAAUGCUCACAGAGAGGCUGAAGGAAUCGGACAAAGGCCUGCACCGGCCGGCACUAGAGUCGUUGCGGACGCUGAUUCGGACCAGCACAUCGUCUAUGACCUCCGUACCCAAGCCUCUCAAAUUCCUCCGCCCCCACUAUCCCGACCUGAAGGAAAUCUUUGAGACCUGGCCAAGCUCGUCGGAUAAGGCUCUCUUCUCUGAGAUCCUCUCCGUUCUUGCCAUGACCUACACGGACAAUGGCCAGCGGGAAACGCUCAAGUUCAGACUCCUGGCUAGCGAGAUUGGUCAUGCCGAGGAUCCAGGGCUGUGGGGUCACGAGUACAUGAGGCACCUAGCUGCUGAGCUGGGCGAGGAAUACAACGCCCGGUCGCUCGAGGACGAGUCAAAGAGCACUUCGGAGCUCAUCGACUUGGCACUCUUGAUUGUGCCUUUCAGCCUGAAACACAAUGCCGAGGCAGAUGCGGUCGAUCUACUCCUGGAGCUCGAGAGCAUCGACAAGCUGCCGCAGUUUGUUGACAAGGAUACGUAUGCCCGGGCCUGCCUCUACAUGGUUAGCUGUGUCAAUCUUCUCGUCCCACCAGACGACGUCGAGUUCUUGCGGACGGCUCACGACAUCUACCGAAAGCACGAUCGAUUUGCCGAAGCGAUGACCCUGGCCCUCCGCCUCGGAGACCGCGAGCUGAUCCGGUCCGACUUUGAGGCGCCUUCAAACCCAGUCAUGCGAACGCAGCUGGCAUACAUGCUCGGUCGGCAACAGAUUCCCGUCGAGUGGCUGCAAGAUGAGGACGACCCGAUGCGAGACUACAAGCUGAUGGACUGCAUUUACAACACCCACCUCUCAAGCCACUUUAUCCAGUUUGCAAAGGAGCUCGAUGUCUACGAGCCAAAGAGCCUUGAGGACAUUUACAAGUCGCACUUGGAGAACACAAGAAGUACCUUGAGCACGACGGUCGACUCGGCGAGGGGCAAUCUGGCCAGCACGUUCGUCAACGCCUUUGUUAACGCCGGCUUUGGCAACGACAAGCUCAUGGUUGGCGCGGAAGAGGGCAACAGCUGGAUCUACAAGAACAAAGAUCACGGGAUGUUGAGUGCGUCGGCGAGCCUGGGUAUGAGCCUUCUCUGGGACACUGAGAUGGGCCUGAGCCACGUCGACAAAUACACCUACUCUUCCGACGAGAACAUUCGCGCUGGCUCGUUGAUGGCCUACGGCAUCCUGCACUCAAGUGUGCGAAGUGAGAUGGAUGCAGCGCUGGCCCUGCUCACCGAGCAUGUUGAAAGCAAGAGUGUACCUCUCAAGAUCUCAGCCAUCGUCGGUAUCGGCCUCGCUUAUGCAGGCUCGUGUCGAGAGGACAUUGUCCCACUGCUCCUGCAACAUGUUGCCGAUGAGACGACGUCGAUGGAGGUCGCCUCCAUGUCAGCUCUCGCGCUUGGCUUCAUCUUUGUUGGCUCAGCGCAUGGAGAGAUCACCCCGACGAUUCUUCAGACGAUGAUGGAGAGGGAGCCGUCGCAGCUCAACGACAAAUGGGCUCGCUUUAUGAGCCUCGGUCUUGCCCUGCUGUUCCUUGGCCAGCAGGAUGCGAGCGAUGCAACAAUCGAGACACUCAAGGCUAUUGAACACCCCAUCAGCAAGCAGGCACAGGUCUUGGUCGAUAUGUGCAGCUACGCAGGAACAGGAAACGUGCUCAAGGUUCAGCAGAUGCUUCAUCACUGCACCGAACACAUCGGCGUUGAGAGGGAGAAGGAGGAAGAUGGACAAUCAGAAGGAGCCGAGGCGGGCGCAAGUGGAGAGGGCGCAGGUGCGAGCGCCAGUGGCGGCGCUGAGGGCGACAAGGAUGAAUCGGCUGACGAGGACAAGACAAAUGACCUCUACCAAGCGUUUGCCGUCAUGGGCAUCGCACUUGUCGCGAUGGGCGAGGACGUGGGUGCAGAGAUGACGCUUCGGCACUUCUCUCAUCUCAUGCACUAUGGCGAACCGACAAUUCGGCGGGCCGUGCCCUUGGCCUUGGCUCUCUUGAACCCUUCUAACCCCCAGAUGGCGCUGCUCGACACAUUGUCAAAGUACUCGCACGACAAUGACCUCGACGUGGCUAUCAACGCGAUUCUCGCCAUGGGCAUCGUCGGCGCAGGUACAAACAACGCAAGAUUGGCGCAGAUGCUCCGCCAGCUUGCUGGCUACUACCACAAAGAGCCCGAUAGUCUCUUCAUGGUCCGAGUCGCUCAGGGACUCGUUCACAUGGGCAAAGGUACCAUUGGCAUCAACCCUUACCACACCGACCGGCAGCUCAUGAGUCGGACGGCCGUGUGCGGCAUCCUUGCGCUCCUUGUGUCCUUCACCGAUGCCCGGGGCUUUGUAUUGGACAAGAGCCACUGGAUGCUCUACUAUCUCGUCUUGUCAAUGUACCCACGCUUCCUCAUCACGCUCGACGAAGAGGAGCUCCAGCCGCUUCCAACGAGCGUGCGCGUGGGCAAGGCCGUCGACGUCGUUGGCCAGGCGGGCAAGCCGAGGACGAUUUCGGGCUUCCAAACGCACACGUCGCCCGUCAGACUGGGAUCGUACGAGAGAGCCGAGUUGGGGACGGACGAAUACCUCAGCUACGCAAAUGUUCUGGAGGGCAUUGUCAUUUUGCGAAAGAACCCAGGCUACGAAAAGGAAGACUAGAGCGCAUUUGUAUCUCCAAUUGGUCAGAUAGACAAGUCUCUUUCUUCUUUUAUCCCCCUCCUCUCUUGCUCGCAAACCCUAACGAAAAAAAAAAAAGGAAAGAGAACCCUUGUCAGUUCUAUCAAUAUUUCAAUUGUCAUUUCACAGUCGAC